CUCUGUUGCAGAUUGCCCUGCUAUGCCUUGUGUGACUAGGACCUCAUACCUAGAACACCUCUGCCUUGACACUUGUGGAGACUCAGACCAUAAAAACACUGCUAAGGAGUGCUGAAGUGGCAAUGAAACAGCCCAACAGGAAGAGGAAGCUCAGUAUGGAUUCCAAGGAGCGUUUGAAUCAGGAUGGAUGCUUGGAGCAAGCUGAAGAAGAAAAGAAGCCCAGGGAUGGUGUGACCCCUCUGAGUCACGCCCCUGCGGUGGCCACGCAUGAGGCCUGGUCUUGGGAGCAGUACUUGAAGGAACAGGAGGCCGUGGCAGCGCCCGUUGAGCUGUUUUCCAAGGACCAGUCCUUUCCGGAGCGUGAAAAUGGUUUUCAGGUUGGAAUGAGAUUAGAAGGCAUUGACCCCCGUCAUCCAUCUGUGUUUUGUGUGCUUUCUGUAGCUGAGGUGUGUGGUUACCGUCUCAGACUUCAUUUUGACGGUUAUUUAAGCUGCUAUGAUUUUUGGACUAAUGCUGGUUCCCCUGACAUUCAUCCAGUAGGGUGGUGUGAAAAGACCAAACAUGAAUUACACAUCCCUAAGGGUUAUAGAAAAGAUAAAUUUGUUUGGAUGGAUUACUUGAAGGCCUGCAAAUUGCAAAAUGCUCCCAAGAAAUUAUUCAGAAACAGAAAUUCUAAUGGGCCAGUGCCUAAGGAAUUUCAGGUUGGAAUGAAGCUGGAGGCUGUCGACAGGAAGAACCCUUCCUUGGUAUGUGUGGCAACCAUAGCAGACAUUGUUGGAGAUCGCUUGCUAGUGCAUUUUGACAAUUGGGAUGAUAGUUACGAUUACUGGUGUGACGUCAAUAGUCCUUAUGUUCAGCCAGUUGGUUGGUGUCAGGAGCAUGGAAGAACUCUGAUAGCACCCCAAGGUUAUCCUGAGCCAGAAAAAUUUUCCUGGACAGAAUAUCUGGAAGCUACUCGAACUAAUGCAGUACCUGCCAAAGUUUUUAAAAUGCGGUUGCCCCAUGGUUUUCUCCCGAAUAUGAAACUUGAAGUCGUGGAUAAACGAAACCCCAGGUUAAUUCGUGUUGCUACGAUUAUGGAUGUUGAUGACCAAAGAAUAAAGGUCCAUUUUGAUGGCUGGGACCACAAAUAUGACUACUGGAUGGAUACAGACAGCCCUGACAUUCACCCAGUCGGAUGGUGUGACAUCACAGGUCAUCCCCUGGAAGUGCCGCAUUGGGCAAAUGAUGUGAAAAUCCUUCCAGGUCAAGCUGUUUGUCCCACUCCAGGGUGCCGAGGGAUAGGCCAUAUCCGUGGUCCACGGUAUUCAGGACAUCACAGUGCCUUUGGCUGCCCAUAUUCGGACAUGAACUUGAAAAAGGAGGCAACGCUUCACGAUCGUCUGCGAGAACAAACACAGGCAAAUGUGGACUCAGACUCUACACAUUCAAAAUCAAAAAACCUCUGUAGUUUGAACUUCAAUGGAAAACAUGAAAAGGUGAAGAGCCAGUCCAGACUUGUACAGCAGGCAAAGUGUUUGAAAAUCAAAGGAAAAGAAGAUAUUGACUUGGAUAUUCUCUUCAGAGAGCACUUGGCCGCGCGGACGCAGCAGGCCCUGCACCAGUCGGUCUUCAUGUCGUCCUCGUCCGCCCAGCCUUUCCGGGACCUUCCCCUGGGCCGCAGACAGCACCUCAAGCUGCUCCCCGGCGUGGCCGACGUGCAGGCUGGCAAGGUGGCCCGGUGGACGGUGGAUGAGGUGGCUGAGUUCGUACAGUCUCUGCUGGGCUGCGAAGAGCAUGCCAAGUGCUUCAAGAAAGAGCAGAUUGAUGGCAAAGCCUUCCUGCUCCUGACACAGAAGGACAUUGUCCAGGUGAUGAAGAUCAAACUGGGUCCAGCCCUGAAGAUUUAUAACUCCAUCCUCAUGUUCAGAAGCUCCCAGGACCUCGCCAGGGAAGGGUUUGCUGGCUGGUCCAGCACCAGUGACGCAGAGGCCCAGGCACAUGCAGGCUUCUGACCGGCCUCAUCUCGGCUCUGACGUGCUGCAGCGACCAGACCAGAGAAGCCCACACGCGCGCCUUUAUCCUUCUCCCUCGCCCUGGAGGAGGCCACUUCCCAUUUGCAAGGAUGCAACU